GUGUUAAAUAUCCAAUGAGCCUUUCCAAAUUCGAGCAUAUACAUUUCGAGCUCAUUUUUGAAGCUUGCCAGAAAUUCCUAGACCGAAAAUCGAUAGCCCUAGACAGUACCUCCAAAAUGUCCAAGCCAGGUGAAAAUGCCAACACCGAUCCGGAUUGCAAGUCAGAUGACAGCAAGCUUCGCAAGCUAAAGUUCGCCGGCUGUUGCCACCUAAAGGACGAGGCCCUGGCGCGUCUCUAUAAGAUCGAUCGCCUCACCGACGAGGAGCUGGCCUCCGUGGGUCUGCAGCGGAGCUGCCUGAUCGAUGACUACCGUCAUCUGCACGAGGUUUCGUUGAUGUGGGAGCAGGAGCGGUAUCCGGAUCGCCCAGCCAAGCCUCAAAGUCCACGGAAACUGCGAUCCAGGUUGCCCAGGUUGUGCAUCAUGGAGGUAAAGCCGGCCAAAUUGUACAAGUUUCAGCUGCUCAAUCAGUUGGUCAAGGUAAUUAGUUUUGAGAAGGAGCCACAGGCAAUUUUUCAAGAGCAGCAGUUCGAGUUCGAUGCGGAUUACCAGGAGGAUGAGGACGUUCUUCAGCUGCCGCAGGAGGAGCGCCAGAAGCGCCGCUUCGAGUCCUUUUGCGAUCAUCUGGACAACAUGUUCAUCAGCGGUGACCGCAACAUGGCCAUCGACUUGGUCGUCGAUGCACUUAUCCGUUUAAAUAGACGCCGCAAGCACGUCAUUCCGCUGGGACCCAUCGUUCCAAGUCGCCCCAAAACGCUUCCCAGCCAGGAUUAGUGUUAACAAUGGAUCUGGACCACCUGGUAUCAUAACCCAUAGCCCACCUCGCACACAACCUCAAAAUCAUUGCAAGACAUAUCGUACAGGCAAAAUUGGAAAAUCUUUUUUGUUAUUGUUUAUUUCGAUUCUCCACAGAAAUACACUUCUCUCCAAUAUAUUAUAUUUUAAACACAUUUAAAAUUAAAUUUCAAUUUCCCAUUCAAA